AGAUUAGAACUUGGCAGGAUAAAAGGAGAAAAGUUAACAUUUUUGGAUUAAUCUGAGAAUGUUUCAUGGGAAGAAAUAAAUGAUGUAGUGGCCCGAUACAGAGAGGAUGUUUACUUGAGGAAAAAUGAGGUAUAAAGAGUUUGGGUUUUGGAAUCUGGCAGAUCUGUUAAUAUUGCUGAGCCUCUUUUUUCUUGUCCUGAAAAGAGUUAACAUACCUCAAAAAGUUAUUGUGAAGCACAUAGUAGUGGCCUACUUAUGUUUUUUUCUCUGACGUCUUUUAAUGGCUUGAGGAUUAUUUGGUUUCGAGGAACAAAACCCCAUUUGAAUUAACUUACUUAAAAAAGGUGUUUGUCAGACAAUUGGAGGACUGCCUCUGAAGUCUAUUGCAUGCGGUCCACUUCAGCUCAGUGUCCUGGGAACCAGCAAAUCUUCAGGGGGUUAGUCUUCCAGUUUUCCUCUGGGAAACAUGGUCUUAUGUCUCUGCUACUCUGUUAUGUCUGUUCCAGUUUUUUUCAGAUUGUCCCUCUCUUUAAAGCUUUUGGUUUCUGCUUCCUCAUAACUUUAGUCUGCAUGAAACUUUGAUUUGUCAUGGGGCCAACACCAGAUUCACUUUGAUAUUGCAGUAUGGUUCUCAACAAAUACCUCUGUGUCUUAAUUCUGAAUUUCUGAAGAGAGAAUUCGAUUGGUUAGGUACCCACUUCCAGUCCAGUUGGCUGAGGUUGAGAGAAGAUGGGAACGGGAAAAUGGAUGGAGAGGAGACUUAGGUGUUUUAUAGAUUAACUCUUCAUUCAUCACAUGCAACGGCAAUAUAGCUAUGGCGACCUUCCAGACUCUUAGAAACAGCCGCAUGAAGACUAAAGCCUCUGUCAAGAAAAGCUUCAGUGAAGAUGUGUUCCAGUCUGUAAAGUCUUUAUUACAGAGUGAGAAGAAAUUGUGCAGUAUAUCAGCAGAGGACUGUUUAAAGCAGGAUGAACAUGCCAGUUUGACUGAGGUCACAUUUUUAGGUUUUAAUGAAGAAACAGAUGCUGCUCAUAUACAGGAUUUAGCUGCAGUGUCUUUGGAACUUCCAGAUCUUCUGAAUUCACUACACUUCUGUAGUCUAAGUGAAAAUGAAAUUAUUUGUAUGAAGGAUAUAAAUAAAUCACCAGAUAUAAACAGUGGUCCUGUAAAUCAGAGUCAUCAUUCUGGAAUGCUUUGUGUCAUGAGAGUAUCACCACCUACAUUACCAAGACUCAGAAUUGAUUUUAUCUUUAGUCUUCUAAGUAAAUAUGCUACUGGUAUAAGAUACAGCCUGGAUACAUACUUGCAUCAGAAGCACCAACUUGAGACCACUAAUGAAGAUGAUGACGAUACUAACCAGUCAGUGUCAUCUAUAGAGGAUGACUUUGUCACUGCAUUUGAGCACUUAGAGGAAGAAGAGACCUCAAAGCCAUAUAAUGAUGGAGUAAACAUCAGUGCACUAAAGAGUCAGUGUGAUGCUGCUUCACAAACUACUUCUGGUCACCAGUUAGAAACCCAUGACUUAAGAGUUCUGAUUAGCACUGGGCAGCAGAAGCCAUUGGCUAAACCUUCAAGUUCCUUAAUAAACUUACUGGGACAUAAACAACAACCUGUGAAAAGUUCAGUUACAACAUCAAUUUCUGAGCCUUGGAUCCAAAGGAGUUUCUAUAGGUCAUCUACUGCUUCAGAUAAAGUUAGUGAUGCACAGAAAAUGAUUUUUUCUUCUUCUCCUGCCUAUUCAUCUGAAUCAGAAUGUUCAAGUCCAAGUCCUGUUAUUUUCUUAGAUGAAGAAGGAUAUCAAAAAAGUCUAAAAGCAAAACUUGAGCUACCCAAAAUUCCUGUAAUGAAAGAUGAUAUAGAGGAUUCAGACUCGGAAGUAAGUGAAUUUUUUGAUAGUUUUGAUCAAUUUGAUGAACUAGAACAAACUUUAGAGACUUCCUGUCCAUUUCUAAAAGAUCCUGUCAUAGGGAAACCAUCGCAAAAGAAAGGGCGCAGAUAUGACAAAUCUAGUUCUGUAACCACUACUAUGAAUCCUCAAAAAUUCAAGUUUGAUCGUCCAGCUCUCCCAGCUAAUGUUAGAAAGCCAACACCUCGUAAACCAGAAUCCCCUUACAGCAACCUGGGUGAUGCUCCAGAUUCUCCUCGCCCAGUGAAGGCAUCUGGGGAAGAUAGUGGCUUGUUUAGCCCCAUCCGAUCCUCUGCUUUUAGUCCUCUUGGAGGCUGUACACCUGCUGAAUGUUUUUGCCAAACAGAUACUGGUGGAGAUAGGAUGCCUGAAAAUUAUGAUUCUAUUUAUUACACCUAUGAAGAUUAUGCGAAUAGCAUUUCAUGUGAAGUACUGGGCUCGGUUCUCCAUACCCAGCAUACUAAUGAAACAUCAAACAUUAAUAGUGUUAACAAAGGAGAAAAUAAAACCAUAGCUCUUAAGAGUGGAAGCCUUGAUCAAAAAAGCAAAAAUAAAUCCUUAAUGAUUAGAGAUAGCAUUCAAAAAUUUGCAGCAGAUCUUGUGGAAAAAAGUUUUGGCAGUGCAUUUAAAGAUUUACAGAAAGGAGUCUCUUCAUGUACCAAUGCAUUGUGCCAUUUAGCCGUCAAAUUGACAUCAUCCGUUUUUCAGAUGGCAUUUAAUGAAUUGAGAAGGCAGCAUGCUUUUUUACUGAAAGAGCGUGCCAUUAGUGGUCUGGCUAAUUUCUUGGUGAGCGAAGCUAUAUCAAAUGCUUUAAAAGAUUUACAGUAUGUAAAGAAGCAGAUAUUUACAAACAUAGUUGCUGGGUUUGCUGCAGAUCUUGCUGAAGAGCUUGUUUUUGAAGGAAUCAUGGAAGUUUGCCAAUUUUCAUAUCCUCCAACACCUUCAUCUCCACAGUGUUGGUCAUUUGACUAUGAAGACAAAGUAGUGAAAUCAUAUGCAGAAGAUUUGUCUGAAUCUGUAAUACAGGAAGCAUUUAUUGAGCUAUCACAAGUUGAUGUGACCUUUACAACAAAGGCAGCAGUUAGUGUUUCUACAGAUAACAUAAAGUAUGUGAGUGCAGAAAAUACAUAUCCCCCUACUUUGAACAAUCAAGCAAUUAUGGUGACAAAACCAAUGCAGGAAUAUAAAAAAGAAUACACUGUACAACAGGCCUUGUUUUGCACUUCUGGAAUUGUUACUUCUAUCCCAGUGCCCCUGGCAGGAAGUGCCCUUCUCCCAUAUCACUUUUCAUCUAAUAUAUGUCAGGCAAAGUCUCAUCUGUCAUCUGGUGCUAGUAAUUCGAAUGGUGAUUCUACUGAAGCAGGUGUUUCCACAAAAAAUGAAGACGAAGUAGCUUGUCUCAGAAAUAUUUGUUUACCUUCAGAACACAAUCUGGGUAACCAGAAUGAUUCUAAACCAACUAAUGAAGAUGUUGAAAUGCAAAGUUCUUCAAGAUUAACAAGUGAUCCUGUGAUUAUUAGCAACUUUUCUGCAGCAAUGGUGCAUUCGAUAGUAAAUGAAACUUUAGAGUCAGUGACAUCAUUCAAAGUUACAAAAAUAGUUGAUGAACACACAGAUUGUUUAACUAAAACAGUAAAGGAAAGAACCCCUCCUUUCCACUGUGAUCAAGUGACACUGCAACAGAGUGAAGCUAGCAAUAAGCACAUGUUUGUUGAUCGAUUAUCUAAAUCUAUUAUUAAACAUUCCAUAGAUAAAAGCAAAUCAGUGAUCCCAAAUGUGGAUAAAAAUGUACACAGGGAAGGCUUGUCUAUUCCUAGAGAAGAGUCACAGUUGACUUUGGAAAAGUUCCCCAGAUUUCUUGAUGCUCAAGAGCACUUAUCUCACUGUUCGCUUUUAGUGGAAAAGGAUUGCAUUCCGGAAUGUAAAGAUUCUAUAACUCAUGGAUUUUCUUUGGAGACACUACCACGUUGUUCAACUAUGGCAGGUCAGAAACCUGAUUUGACGGAAGCUGCGAAGGACAAAUCAGUGAAAAAGUAUAAUUUGAAUAAUGCAGCUCCUGUGCCCUUGUGUUUUGGGCAAGAAAGCCCUUUUCCCAAUUCCCAUACUUUCUCUUCUGCAGUGCUUACGUGUGUAGAUGGUUUGCAUGUGGAAGAUAAACAGAAAAUCAGAGAUGGAAAUGUAAUACCUGAUACUCCUCCAUCAACUCCUCUAGUACCAUCCCAGGCCAGUUCUGAAUGGGAUAUCAAGAAGUUAACCAAAAAGCUCAAGGGGGAAUUAGCGAAAGAAUUUGCACCUGCCACACCACCUUCUACACCUCACUACUCAUCUGUUGGUUUGACCGAAAAUGAACAAAAUACUAUUGAAAAAGAAGAGUUCAUGUUGAAACUCAUGCGAUCUCUUUCAGAAGAAGUUGAAGGUAGUGAAAGUGAAGAGCACACAGAAGUGGACGUGAAGACAGAGCACUCAGAGAACAAAGUUCAGUUUGCUGAAGCAUUAGCUACACAUAUCAUUUCUCUCGCAACUGAAGUGGCAGCUUCCCAUUUAGAUAAUAAAAUAAUUCAAGAACCCAAGAUUAAAAGCCCUUGCUUCAAUGUGUGGAGUCAAAGAAGUGUAUCACCUACUUUGUUAAAUCACUCAGAUGAAAAUUUACAAACAUUAUGCCAUUUUGCAGGUGAUAUGGCAGCAGAAGUCAUUACAGAAGCUGAGAAAAUAGCAAAAGUUACAAGUUGUAUGCUUUUCAGACAAAAGAUAAACAGUUGUUAUGGUGAUGGCGACCAAGAUUAUAGAUCAGAAGAGAAGUUGAACGUAGAGACUGUAGCACAUCCAAGAGAAGUUGAUCCAUUUAUUCUUUCAUUACCACCAAGUUCCUGUAUGUCAGGGCUGACAUAUAAGUAUCCCAGCUGUGAAAGUGUGACAGAUGAAUAUGCAGGUCACAUUAUCCAAGUACUGAAACAGGAAGGUGGUAAUAGUGAGUUAAUAAUGGAUCAGUAUGCCAAUAGACUUGCUUAUCGAUCUGUCAAGUCUGGAUUGCAAGAAGCAGCUAAGACAGCCAAAAUGAAGUGCAACUCAGAAAUGCUCCUCGGGCAAAGCUCACAGGUGAAAAACAACAAUGAACUCAUCAUGUUAAAUAAAGAACAUCACCAAGAAGUAGAUAAAAAAAGACAAAGUGAAAGAAAUGGAGGUUAUCUCUGUAAAAAUCAAACUUGUGAAUGGACAUGGGAUACAUAUAGAAAUCAAUGCUCUGAACUGUAUAGUUUUUCAGCCUCUCUUGCUCACAGCAUAACCAGAGAUGUUAAAAAAGAGCUGACAGUGUCUGCGGUUGGCUUGUCAAAAUCCUCAACAGAUUCUUGCCUUUAUGAAAAAUCUGAAUGUGAUGAAGAUGCCGAGUCUCACACUGAACCAGAAUUUCCUAAGCCUCUUCAGCCUUCCCUGCAAAAUCACAGAUUCUACCACAGUACAGACAACUUAAAUGGGUAUGGUUAUGGAGAGAAGGUUGUUCAAGCUAUAGAACAGUAUGCUAAAAAAGUAGUGGAUGACACGUUAGAACUCAGUUUAGGAUCCACAGUUUUCCAAGUGUCUGAGACCACAAAAGCAGCAGAUAGGAUCACUUAUGCAGAAAAGUUGUCACCUCUUGUAAGUCAAGCUUGCAGAUAUUGUGACCAUAAAGAACUCCAUGACUGCCAUGGAAAUUCACAUCAGCACUCUUUCAGACAGGAUUCACUUGCUCAUAGUAAGCCAGAUUGUAAUUCAAAAUUUAGCAACAUAUAUCAGAAAUCUAGAAUUUUUCACCUUGAUGUACCUCAAAUUUAUGUUGAUUUUGAUAAGAAGACAGUGCUUGCUGAGAAGAUCGUUGCUGAAGCUAUUGAAAGAGCAGAGAGAGAGCUGAGCAGUACCAGUUUGGCAGCUGAUAGUGGAAUUGGACAAGAUGGUGUUAGCUUUGCUGAAAGCCUUACCACAGAAAUAAUGACGUCAGCAAUCAUGAAUGUUGAACAUGCUGUUAGCAGUCCAAAAGAAAAAGAAGACUUUCAGUCAACUGAAUCUUUUGGUAGCCAGCACAUGAAUCUCAGUAUUGGUGAAGACAGCACUGGUAGCUGGUCCAAUUUAAGUUUUGAAGAUGAACACCAGGAUGAAAGCAGCAGUUUUCAUCAUCUAAGUGAAAGUUCAGCUCUGUUCUUUUCUUCCUCUGGCAGUAAUGGUAACAGCAGUAGCUGGAGCAGUCUUGGUUUAGAAGGAGAUUUGUAUGAGGACAAUUUAUCCUUUCCAACAUCAGACAGUGAUGGGCCAGAUGAUAAAGAGGAAGAACAUGAGGAUGACGUAGAAGGUUUGGGGCAAGAUGGAAAGACUCUGCUAAUAAUGAAUAUUGACAUGGAGCCAUACACAGUAGACCCCCAGCUAAGAAUUAUUCUUCAGUGGCUCGUUGCCUCCGAGGCUGAAGUGUCAGAACUUUCUUUCUGUGACUCUGCAAAGAAGGAGUUUAUACAACUUUCAAAACGGUUACAGGAAAAAGGAUGGAAAGUGGGAACCCUCCUGCAGGCUGUGCUCGUCUACUGCGAAGUGACGGAAAAGACUCCCAGUGAGGAGUGCAGGUCGCUGUUCCACUGGCUCCUGGAAAAUGCAUGAACCAGCUCAAACCAGUCUGUGUCUAUUAUUUGUUUUAGGAGAGGAAGAAACAGACAAAGUUGCAUCGGAUAACAUUUGGCUAGUGAAUAUUAACAUUUCAAGUGAAUUGUGGGGAAACUAAAUAUAGUUUUUAAGCUCCUUGUGCCAUCACAUACUGUAUAUAGUUCAUACUUUUGUAAUCUGUCAGAUAUUAUCUUCAUUUACUCUUCUGUCCACGCGUAAUAUGCUAAGACCCUAAGAACAUGUAUUUGAAGGAAGGUCUAACCGUGAGGUUUUCAGGGACAUUGAUUGAUGUCAUUCUUUUUACAUCCAAAUUGUGCUGCUAGAAACCACACUGAGGUGGCUAAGGAUAGUUCCAGGGAUAAAGAAUUGGAAUUUUGCUCCUUUACAAACAAAUGGUAUUUUGUUAAUAACUAAUUUGACAUCAAAAAAUAGCAGUGAGGCUGAUUUUUUUUUUCUGGUAGUUUUGGACUCAUUUUUAAAAGUCAAUUUUAUUUUCAUAGCUCAGCUGUUCGUAGCUUUUCUAAUCCCUCAAACUAUUUAAUUCCUUAGAAACAUUAGUAGUUUAGGUUUCUGUUAAUAUUGUAAAUGAUAGUUUCCUCAGCCUUUCAUCCAAGUACAUUAUUUGCUAAUGUUGCCAAUUGUUCUGGCAGGAAAGUGUGUGUGCGUGUGCGUGUGCUUGUGCGUGUGUGCACACGCAAAGGAGUACUUUAACCUUGCUAGUAGUUUGUGCCCUCUUUUAGUUGAAUGUUUUCUUGGUUAGAAAUUCACUAUUAACAUUAAAAAGGUGCUUUAAAAUAAAAUGUCUAUAAAAAUUGUGCAGUAAAAAUUUUUAUUUCUUUUUGACUAUUUGGGGUCCCUAACAUCCUAUUAAUGAAAAUAAAAUCGCAAAACAUGUUGAAAUUUUAAAAAUUAAUGUUAAAAAGGAAAUGCAUUGAUAGGUCCAAUAAUGAUUUUCACUCUUAGAUUUUUGAAGUCUUCUCCAAUUUAGCAAGGAUAAGCUUUUUCUAGGGGAAAAAAAAGGAACCUCCCCUGAUAAAGUCUAUCUGCACUAUUUUGUAAAGACCUCUGACAUGAUCCUUCUGGGCUCUACAUUUCCUGCUGCUUUGGCUUUAGAAACUGCAAGUUGACUUGAAUAGAGCACCUAGCUGUGGCUUGGUUUCGUAUGCGAGGAUAUGUGUGUGUGACUUUUCUGGUUCUUCUGGUAGUGGAUUUGUAAUCCAGAGUAAAUCACUUUUUGUUGAGGCCUUUGGUUUGGCUCAGUACAUUUUCUUUUAUCCUGAGCACGGACUUUUUUGGAAGCUGCACAAAGUGUAGAAGGCAUAGCACCUGCCACUGGGCAAGGAGUAGGGGAACUUACAUUAGUUUGAAUGAAUAAUGAUGGUAGAGAAAUGUAUUUUCUAAUGCAAGAGUCAGAUUUGCUUUUUAAGGAAAUGCCAAGAACUGUUUAAAUAUUUUGUGGUUAUAUUGCAAGCUUUGGUUUUUCUCAAGAUAAAGAAAUAGAGAAGGCCUUAAAAAUAAAGUUUCCUUAAGUUUCUUCAAGUAUUUUUAGGGUGAAGAAAUGCAGGAAAUGUAUAUAACCAGAGUCGUUUCUGUCUUGAGCUUCUCAGAACUUGAGACACAACAGCACUGGACUGACUGGGUUUUUAAUGUGAGCAGCUGUGUUGUUCGUUGUGAUGCGGGUUAACUGACUGUGGAGUUUGGAUCGCGUUUUUACAAAUGUGUAACUGCCAAGUUGUGUUUAGUGACUUCAGUGUAUGUACGGGUUUGAUUAACAGCAAAACUGAGUUCUGAAUUUCUUUUAACCUAAAGUGACAAUAUAUUGAUGAUAUAUUACUUUUGUAAAAUUUUGUGCUUGAAAAUGUUUAUAUUUAUUCCUCUUAUGGUAAUAAUCAUUUUGAGGUAAGAUUUUCCUCAUAUCCCUUUGCAUUUUUUUUUUAGUGAAUCCUCACCUGAGGAUAUUUUUCCAUUGAUUUUUUUAGAUAGAGUGGAAGGGAGGGAGGGGGAGAA